AGACCGGCCGGGCUCAGCGCGGAGAGGAGGCUUGGAGGCCCCAGGGGCGAAUCAGGUGAAAAGGCCGGCCGGGCUUAGCGAGGAGAGGAGGCUUGGAAGCCCCCCGCAUUAUGCGCGGAGUCGAAAUCUCGAGCCGUCUGGCUGGACGCUGCGUCGGGGAGGUGGCUUCGCGCCGUUUGGGCGGACUCUGCGGCUGGGGGCGGGGCCAGCGGGCGCGCUCCAAGAUGGCGGCGGCCAGUGUGGCCGGGCCGGCGGUUAACGUGUUCCCAUUCCGCGAUGCCCGCGCCGCGCCGGAUCCGGUGCUGGAGGCCGGCCCGGUGGCACACGGGCCUCUGCCGGUGCCACUGGUGCUGGACAACGGGUCGUUCCAGGCCCGCGCAGGCUGGGCGUGCCCCGGGCCGGAGCCGGGCCCCGAGCCCCGGUUGCAGUUCCGCGCUGUGUGCGCCCGCGGGCGGGGCGGGGCUCGGGGCGGGGCGGGCCCGCAGGUGGGCAACGCGCUGGGCAGCCUGGAGCCCCUGCGCUGGAUGCUGCGAUCGCCCUUCGACCGCAACGUGCCGGUGAACUUGGAGCUGCAGGAGCUGCUGCUUGACUACAGCUUCCAGCAUCUGGGUGUCUCCUCGCAGGGCUGUGUGGAUCAUCCCAUAGUUUUGACAGAAGCCGUGUGCAACCCACUGUACUCACGACAGAUGAUGUCCGAGCUUCUCUUUGAGUGCUACGGGAUUCCUAAGGUUGCCUAUGGAAUAGACAGCCUCUUCAGCUUCUACCACAAUAAGCCAAAGAACUUGAUUUCCAGCGGGCUCAUCAUUUCAUCUGGAUACCAGUGUACACAUAUUUUACCCAUUUUAGAAGGGAGGUUAGAUGCUAAAAACUGCAAACGCAUCAACCUGGGAGGAAGCCAAGCAGCUGGCUACCUCCAGCGUCUCCUGCAGCUGAAGUAUCCUGGGCACCUGGCAGCCAUAACUCUCAGCCGCAUGGAGGAGAUCCUGCAUGAGCACAGCUACAUCGCUGAGGAUUAUGUGGAAGAGUUGCAGAAAUGGCGGUGCCCUGAUUACUAUGAGAACAACGUCCACAGGAUGCAGCUCCCGUUUUCCAGCAAGCUCCUGGGCAGCACCCUGACCUCCGAGGAGAAGCAGGAGAGGCGGCAGCAGCAACUUCGGCGGCUGCAGGAGCUCAAUGCCCGGCGGCGGGAGGAGAAGCUGCAGCUGGAUCAGGAGCGGCUGGACCGGCUGCUCUACGUGCAGGAACUCCUAGAGGAUGGCCAGAUGGAUCAGUUUCACAAGGCCCUGAUAGAGCUGAACAUGGACUCCCCAGAGGAGCUGCAGUCCUACAUACAGAAGCUCAGUGCCGCCGUGGAGCAGGCGAAGCAGAAGAUCCUCCAAGCAGAAGUCAGCCUCGAGGUGGACGUGGUGGACAGCAAGCCAGAGACCCCUGACCUGGAGCAGCUUGAGCCAUCUAUAGAAGACGUGGAAAACAUCAACGAUUUCGAGCCCUUGUUUUCAGAGGAAACGCCUGAAGUGGAGAAGCCAGUGACCCCGGUCCAGCCCGUGUUUAACUUGGCAGCAUAUCAUCAGCUGUUUGUUGGAACAGAAAGAAUUCGAGCUCCAGAAAUUAUCUUCCAGCCAUCUCUCAUCGGGGAAGAGCAGGCCGGCAUAGCUGAGACCCUCCAGUACGUUCUGGACAGGUAUCCAAAGGAUGUUCAGGAGCUGCUGGUUGAGAACAUUUUUCUCACUGGUGGGAACAUGAUGUAUCCUGGGAUGAAGGGCAGAAUUGAGAAGGAGCUGCUGGAGAUGAGACCCUUUCAGUCUUCUUUUCAGGUUCAGCUGGCCUCAAACCCUGUGCUGGAUGCCUGGUACGGUGCUCGUGACUGGGCCUUGGACCACCUGGACAGCGAGGACGUCUGGAUCACCAGGAGGGAAUAUGAAGAGAAGGGAGGAGGCUACCUCAAAGAGCACUGUGCUUCCAACGUGUACGUCCCCAUCCGCCUGCCCAAGCAGACCUCGCGCUCUGCAGAAGCCCAGGCAUCCGGCAAAGGCUCGGGGGCCAGUGGAGGCGGGGCCGGUGAGCAGGCAUAGCAGAAGGGCCCCUCCAGGGACCUUGGGCCACAUCCGCCAGUGUGACAGGACAGUGACUUUGCCAGCCGUGUCUGGGCGAGUCUGCGGGGAACGUUUGGCUGCAAGAUGGAUUUCUCCCUGGGAGAAGAGUUUAGGGCCACCGGGAAUUACCCUUUGGAACUGUGUUCUUCGGGGGGACGUGUGCAGUGAAGGGACUACAGGUGGCCCGCUGUCUUUGCUGAGCCGUGGGUGACCUGUGGCCUUCGCUUCCUGCAGCAGUGAGUGAAGACAGGGUGGGGGACGGAGGUGCACAGGCUUCCUUCUUACUACAUUUUAAAGCCUUUUUUGUUUUUUUAAAAAAAAUCCUUUAAAUUUUAUAUUGUCAGUGCAGCUAGUCUUCUAAAUGUAUUCCAAAAUUGUGCGAAUGCCCAGAAGGUGGAGUUCUUUCACAUACACAUGAAAAGGUAACAUUUACGUCAUAAGAACAAUCACACACGAAAUCUCGGGGCCUGGAAAUAGUUCCCUCCUCCUGUUUUUUCCUCUGAGAAAUAAGGGAAAGGGGCCCAAAGAGGGAAACCAAAUUGUACGACAAAGUCGCUCUGUUGGGGCCUGCCUGGAGCCCACUUCUGAAUGGGCAGGUGUGGGGCUAGUGGCCCAACUAUCGUUCAUGCUCUCUUUGCUGGAAACCUUUCCACCAUAUGAGGCCUUCCUACAAUUUUUAAAAUUUCUGUCCCUGUGACUUUGUUGGCUGCUUAACUUUUCAGGCCUUUCUGAAGAAAGACACAGACUGGAAAAGGUUAGUCGUGUAACCUUUUCAGUUUUGCCACAACUUCACAUUCCCUGGACCUUUGCCAUUUCGUCUUAAAUGGACAAAUAGCCCCUCUCUUAUGCAGAGCUUGCUUGGUGAGAACUGUAACUCUCACAUACACCCAGUACUUGAGCCCAGAAGGCUCCCGAGCUGCUGGCGUCCUUGUCACAGAAUCCGUACGCUUAAAUCCCAUGGAGUGUCUGGCCAACCCCUCUGAGGAGGCCACCUCAGAACCAGUCCGCUCUUGCAGUUCACCAAGGAUGGUCACCUGCAGCUCCAGCUCCAGGGCUUCAACGCCGAAGACCACGCAGGGGCCGUGGUCGUGGAGGAGGAGGAAGACCCAGGCCGACUCAGGAUCCCGCAAGGCCUUGCCGGGGAGCCACCGGCCGUCCACGGCUGGGCCCAAGGAUGGGUGAGGUGGUGAGAGAGCGUGUGCGCUGCCAAGAAAGGGCAGAUGCGAAGAAGGCAGGACCUGCCUCAUGGGAGAGGUUUCCCUGUCACGUUUCCAGGAAGAGGAGUUGCGCCAACUGCCGUAGGCCUGGGGGUCUUUCUCCCACAGUCAACAUUUUAAACAGCCUGAGCAGCAGCAGUGAGGUGGAAGGAUUGCCCUGGAAGUCCAGCCUCGAUGGGGAAGGACCCUGGGUGGGCAGGUAAGCUGGGGAACAGCCUAGUGCAACAGCACGUGUGAAGCUGGGCCUGCUCGGGGUGCCCGUAGCCUGGAACUGGGGAGGGUCGGGGCUGUGGGGAGGCUGGGCCUUGAGCUCUGCUGCUUUCUCUCUAACCCCUCACACUGAGUGUGCCGUGCCCUCUCCUGACACCUCUCAGCCCCUUGCACAGAACACCAGUAGAGCUCUCAGCACGAUACCGUGAGCUUUGUGUCUGCCCCCAGAUGGUCUCUUAUAGAGAACACUGUAAAGUGUUCCCCAGGAGCAGGAUGGGGUUUCAUUCAGCUUGGAGUAUCCAUGGCCCAGUGCUGGGCCUGGAGGAUGCCGAGGGCUCACAGGCUUCUUAAUGAACGACCAACUGGCGGGGGAGCCCUACUCUUGUAGACAUCCCCAGUCUUCACUCUGACCCUGCCAAGACUGUUCCUGGAGACAAGCUGCACUACAUUUCCCAGCCUCCCUAGCGGUUAUGCGUGUAGCCAUUUGUGUUCUGGCCAGUGAGAUAUGGACAGAAGAGAUGUAUACCAUUUCCAGGGCUGGCUUCCGUAAACCCCGCAGGAGAGCCUCUCUUUCCCCUUCCUCUGGCUGCAUAGAGAGCCAUCCAAGGCCCAAGAGGAGCACGGAGCCACAAAACGGAAAGAGCCGAAUCCUUGAUGACUGCUUGGAGCAGAGACCCUGCAGAUUCUUCAGUGCAUGAGAAAUAAACUUUGUAAAGCCUCUGAGAGCUUUGGCCUUAUCUGUUA